AGCGAUUUGGACUUGAGCAAACAUUGGCCCGAGUAACCGCGACCCAGGCACGUGCUCCGAUUAAUUUGGAUGUCGUCCACGCUCCCGUAUUUCAUUGUCACGACCUUCUAAAACUUUCAUGUAUAAUGCAUUGCCUGGCGUCGCACACUUUCGGUGCGCGUUCGGUCAUCAGGGCACGCCGUCAGUGGCUGACAUAGCCACGGAACCAUCACAAUGUGGGAGUGUUGCUUCAGUAUUUCUUCCCACGCUAGAAGGUACACUGCUAUGCAAAACGGGAGAGCUACUUUCUGUUCCCUUAUAUUACCUUUUUCGCAUUUCCGCUCUUUGCAGAAAGUAGUUUCAAUGCGAACCGCCGAUUUGUUCCGAGGGUUACCACUCGCGCAUCUCACGCCAAAGUCCCGAGGUGAUAUUUUAGCCGCUGUUGCGCGCAAUGUCACGGGUGACUUGAGAAAAAAUAAAGACAGGAUAAAAGAUCCUGUUCCUGGUCUGCGUGUCGACGGGCGUCAAAGACCUCAGUGCCAGGCAGAGUACGAUUGGCUCUGCAAUGGUCGGCGCAUUGAAUGCAAGAGUUCCCAGUUGCAAUUCAACAGUCGGAGAAGUCGCUGGUUUUUCAAAUUUCGUGCUGUCAAGCUUUCUCUUCAAGGGCAUCGCGCCCAGGAUGCAUUUGACGACCUCGUCCUCGUGCUGUAUUCUCCACGCAGAAUUUAUAUUUACCGGCACGAUCUGUCUACGGGGCUCACCACUGCAGGAAAGUUGACGCCAUCACGGGGCCAUGACAUUCAGAUUGCAAGUACCAAGACGUUGUGCUGGAGGACAGGCCUUGAAAGUAUUCUCGCAAAGCUUGACGCAGGAACUACUGCUUGCGAGCGCGUUGCCGACCUUCCGCUGGAAGACUACAGAAUCAGCCAUGCAAUUUCGAAGCGGAAUGCUCAUACCAUGCAUAAUGUGUACAAAAAUGUUCCGUUGGCAAGCUUGAGUCCGCCAGUUCGAGGCCUUGUCCUUCAGAGAUUGGCCCAAGAGGUUGAUGAUGUCGUGUCUCAGAUUUCAUCCACUCCUGCAGGAUGCAGUGCAGUGUAUGACUGGAGUCGAAAUGGAGUACGCGUGGAGUGCAAGUCUUCACAGCUGACUUGGUGCAUGCGGAAAAAGGUCUGGCAGGUAAUGUUUGCGCAUGUCAAGAUAGUGGGGAACUUACGUCAGAACUCCGUGUUUGACGAGCUGCACGUGGUGGUUUUCUCACCCAGGGGCAUCUAUAUCUACCAUCAUGACUUGAAGCUUGGGGUCUCGUCCGCAGGUGUGGCCACUCAGGCAGAAGGCUGCAGUAUUGUUGUACAUGCCAGCUGCAAGGAUGUGUCAUGGUCGGACGGCCUCGAUUCUAUCUUGAGUAAGCUGGAUCGUGGAGGCUGCCGCCGUCUUGCGCAUAUCCAUUGGGACUAAGCAAAGACCACCCCCUGGAUGUUCCCAUCUUACUGGAGUUUUGAAUUGAGGCCCCAAGCAGGAAGCUUGCGCCUUACUGCCGGCGCGAUCAUCCAUCUUUCAGGGCAAAGCUUCCAAUACAGCUCAGGAUAGGCUCCUCUUUGCUGAGGUUCGGUACAUAGCGCCGCGGCUAGAGGGCUACGAGAGACGCAGGAUAAAUCCAAGACAAUUCCAAGAGGCGUCCAGAUGAACCCCGCAGGAGGAGGUCUGUUAGCAGCCAGAAACAAGGAUGAAGGAAGAUUUGCAUUCCCAGAGUAAUGGGAGUAUUCCAGAGCUGUUCCAGAGCACUUGGAAUAUUACAAGGUCGGUCUGCAGGAUAUUGAAGAUCAUUGCCGGAAUGCACUUAGAAGGGCAGAGUAGGUUAUAACAUAGUCGCGUUGCAGGGGUACUGCAAAGGUCUUGGCAGGUUCUGUGCAGUGAUGUGUUGCAGACUAUUGUUCAGAGCGCGGGGAUGCCCUGGAGAGAUGGUAUAGAGUAUGCAGGAAUUCUCUUGGAACGUUCUUAAGUGAUCUUAUCUUAGAUUCAUCUUCAGGCCCCUGUUUCGGAUGCAGUUCGCCUAUCAAGAUGCUUGCGUUCCGCGAGUAAUCCCAGGUGGAGGACGACGGAUGGCGAUGCCGUACAGGCCUCGAAAGAAAUCAGCGAACAUUCAUGCCACAUUCAUCUGUCAAUGCCCCCCCCAAUGAUCGAUGCUGGCGGUGGGUUGAAUGAGUGGUACUUCGACCGCAGUCUUCCCUGCGCGUGCCAACUUUGAAUUAUGAGGAGAAGGGG